AGCUUCAGUACACAAAACAAUAACUUAACAGUCGUGAAUGACGCUUUUAACGGUUGCAUCCGUGCGAAUAUUAAAUUCGGUUGUCGGUUGCUAAUCUAUUUUCUAUGUAACUUCUAUUUGCGAUUUGUAACAUAUUUUUGAAGUUCAAAAGUUUUAUUGUGGCAAUAAAGCGAAAAAGUGUAUACUCACGUAAAGAAGCAUAUUUAUAGGCGCGCAUCAGAAGAUCUAAUAAAAGUUUUUUAAGUAGUAGUUGGUGCAUUUACAGCCAACUCCCAAAGCGAAGGAUAUUUGUGUAAUGUGGAACUGUACUGAGGAAGCCAAUGAACAUUAAUUGAUGUUUGCGGGUACAAAAUAUAUACAAGUAGUUAAUAAAAAUAAGGGGUUUUAAAAGACCGUCGUAAUAAUGUAGGAGUGUAAAUUUAUUAAAAAGGAAAUGAAAAACCACUAUCGUACAAAAAUUAAAUUAGUACCUGAGCAGUGCUGCAACUGGAUGUGAAGUGGAAGGUAUAGCAACAAGAAAGACGAGAGGAUAACAUUGUUGUUAUGCAAGAAAUAGUGUUUAAUUUUAUAAAGAAACUCUGCUGUCAUAAAAAUGGCCAUCAACAUAUUGGAUUAUGACCAUUACGCAAUCAGUGCGAUUGUCACGGUCAGUAUGCAGAUCCUAUUUUUCCUGAUCAAUUCCAUCUUACAAAUGGACAAGCUGACAGAUUUCGCCGGCGGUGUUAACUUCAUUAUAAUUUCCGUGCUCACCUUCUUUCUGGGACAGAUUGAUAGACCUUCGAAGGCCUAUGACAGCCGGCAGCUCAUGGUAACAUUAUUUGUCUGUCUCUGGGGAGCGCGCCUUUCCGGGUAUCUGCUAUAUCGCAUAAUAAAGUUAGGACGCGAUAAACAGUUCGAGGACACACGGCGCAAUAUAAUCAGAUAUGCUGUUUUUUGGACAUUUCAGGCCGUCUGGGUAUACGUGGUAUCCUUACCAGUGAUAAUCAUUAAUUCGCCACGUCAUUCACAACCAAAUGCUCCUAAGACCAUGACCACAUUAGAUUCCACAGGCACGGGCAUGUUUAUUGUGGGAUUAUUGGCAGAGACUUAUGCUGAUCUGCAAAAGUUCUCUUUUCGACAGGAUCCAGCGAAUCAAGGAAAAUUUUGCAACGAUGGCCUGUGGAGUCUAUCCCGUCAUCCCAAUUACUUUGGUGAGGUUGUGAUCUGGUGGGGAAUCUUCGCCAUUUCUCUAAAUGUUAUUACUGGCCACGAGUGGGUGGCUAUCGCUUCGCCCAUCUUUACCACCUUCAUAAUACUCUUUCUGUCAGGCAUACCACUGCGUGAACGCUCAGCCGAUGAGAAAUAUAAAGACCAACUGGAGUACCGUAAGUACAAAGCAUCCACAUCACCACUGAUCCCAAUACCGCCCUCCGUAUAUGUUGAAGUACCGAGCGCCCUGAAAUUCAUACUGUGCUGCGAGUUUCCCAUUUACGACACAAUGCGCAUACAAAAAGAUAUUAGCCCCUACUCAUUGUCUAUUGCACGCUCCCACUCCCAUAUAUAGCAAUCAGUUGCCCAUUCUGGUAGUGGGCAACAAGGCGCAGUGGGCUAUUCAUUGCAGCGGCAUGGUACGGAUGCAGGCUCUGUACAUCGUGGCCAAUGCUAUGGCGCAAAUGGCGGCGAUGCAGAGAGUCAUCAUAAUUGCGGUGGAACCUGCCGGAAUGCGCACAUAAAGUCUAAUCCGUAUCAAAGCGAAUCUGGCUAUGGUGGGUACACCGGCUGCCAUAUAAACGAGAGCUCGACAAACCAACGAAAUUCCAAUUUUGCUGCCCAUAACACCUCCGAUGAUGAUGAUGACACCGAUGAUGGUAUUAUUUAUAUGCCUGGGCCGUCUUCAUCCAAAAAGCAGCCACACUACUUUCAUUCGCCUAUGGAAAAUGCGUCGGAGAAGAAGCAACGCGCCGAAAACUCAGAUGGCGGGGAGCAAGUGGAGCAGGAACAUGAGGAAGACUAUGACGAGGACAUACCGCCAAUUGAUCUGAGCAAAGCGCCAAGCAUAGAAAGUUUCGUGACCAAAGUGCAAACUGAAAAGGGUGUUAACGCUGACGGUGCGUCUUUUACGGUAACCACAAUACUGUGAUCUGACAGCGACCUAUGACAGCAAUUAUUUGUACUUGCAUUUUGAAGAGAAAAAAGUCAAAUUUUAGUUGUAUGGGAUGUUAUGGUUAAUUAUCAAAUGCAUUAACUUGAGUAAGCAUACUUUUUUUUGUAAACGAGAAAGAUGCAAGCCCUUGCGGCAUCAAAUGAGUAUUAAAUUUAAAUGUGCUGUUCGAAAUGAUUUGCGAUAUAAUAUGUAAUGAUGUGCCAAAGGCUAUAAUUUGAUUUAAGUAGCUAGAAAAUUUCUAUUUAUGCUUGUAUGCUAUGUGCGAACACUUCUCUACACUUGGGAUGUAACUGGAUGCCGCUAAUAAAGCCAAUAACCGCGAUGGAUGCGCGCUCUUAUCUCUGUUUGUAUAGUACGUAUGUAUGUGUGUGUGCAAAGUGUAAAUUCGAAAAAUGUUAGAACUCAAUAAAUAUGGACAUAUGUACAUACAUACAUAUUAUAUAUACCUAUACAUUGUAUAACUGUAACAACCUACAGUAUAAAGCAACAAAAACAAUUAAAAUAUACUCUAAAAAUGUGCCUAACAUUUGUUGCACUUAUUCAAAGUCUACGAAACUGUUAUAAAGUUAUAAAACCAUAAUAUAAGAAAAAAGUAUAACACAAAUACAAUUGAAUUUAUUAGAACAGCAUGCAAAAAAAAAAAUAUUUACACACAAAUUUGUAAUUGUAUGUGCGUGUAGUUUUUCUAUUUGAGUUAUGGAUUAUGCGUGCUUAGGUGCAAAGUGGCGCAAAAUUAGUCAUCCAAGUCGGUUGUGAAUUUUGUUUUUUAAAUACAAAAAACAAAAAAAAAAAGUUAAUAAUUUUGAGUGAUUGAAAUCUUUAUUUUGACCUUAAGAUGCUCCAUUGCUUGUCUGUUUGUAUACUGCCGCUGUCUAGUUCACAAGUGUCAAAUAAGACUUACAAUUCGAAGCCAUUUGCAAAAAUUAUAAACCUUGAGAUAGGGCAACUAAUUUUGCGCCACCUUGUAUUUAUUUAAGUCCGUACGUGUGCUACAUGAAAAUUUGCGCAAAGAAGCAUAUACAUAAGUACAUAUGUAAGCAUGUAUGUAUGUAUGUGUGUACUUUCUGCAUUCAGUUAUCGAAUGGAGUAUUAUCACACAGCCCACCAUCGCGAUCGUAGCAGAUACAUCAAACAUAUCCAAUAACAAGCCCAACAACAGUUUUAGCUUUGAACUCAAAGUACAACUAACUACACUUUUAAACUUGAAAAACAAAAAACCAGAAACAAGAAAAUAAGAAUAAUAAUGUAUAUACUAAAUACAUAUGUACAUUAGUUUUAACCUAUAAUAGAUUUGUAUAUCAAGUGUUUCAAGAACCUUACAUAUCCAUAAGCAUAUGUACAUAUGUGCGUACAUACAUAUAUGGUAUAGUAUUCACGCAACUUAAAACAUUUUAAUAACUACGGAUACCCAAGUAUUCAACCAAAGAAAUCUAAACUCUUGACUGCACGCCUCUCUUCUUUUAUUUCUAUUUGUUGUUUGUUUGAAAUAUUUCUAAGGUUUAUAUGAUUUUCACUAUUGUAAAUUUUUAUUACAAUGAUUUUUUUUUUUGCAGUACUUUCUUCCGUAUAUACAUAUGUAUGUACUUACAAAUACUUGCCAAGCCUAAAAGUCUUGCGGAUGGGAUUCGUAGUUGCUCAAUUUUGCUCCCUUAUGAGCCCGAUUGCUGCUCAUUACUCAAAAUAUAUGUGAAUCUGCUCAAAUUUCUCACGCUCAACUCAUGAGCGAGCAUUUACGAAGCCUCAUCUUAUGUUCGAGAAGUAUGAAGGUGUCAAAAAAAAAACAAAUUAUUUAACUAUUAGAUAUUUUCGUUCAAAAAUUACAAGCUACAUAUAUUUUUUUAAUAAACACGUACAUAUGUAUGUAAGUACAUUACAUUUUCCAAAUCUAAUGGAAAAUCUAGUGACUUUUAAUUCUGAAAUAUCUCCACUUGAGACGUGUUACCAAAGGGACUCUCUUUGUUUGAAUCUGUUUCAAGUUAAAAGAAACUUGCGAUUGUGUACAUGUGAACAUACUCAGUAUGAAAUGGGAGCAUUUAUGUAUGUGUGUUAUCAAUAUGUAAUCAAAUAUUCUAUAUACAGGGUGUUUUGCUGCUGACUAGAAAGAUUUCAAAGCUACAUUCAGCGGCUAAUUUCAUGACGAAAGAGACCAAAAAUUAGUGUGCAACUCAAAGGACCUAGGAAUGGCAGCCAUUUUGUCUUGCUUCACUUCUUCUGAUGUAGAAGUCUUAUAAGGCUGUCUCAAGGGUCCGUUUCGUCAGUUGCGGCAGCGCAUUUGACUGACAUGACGUGUAAUAUGUACCGUGGGCCAAAAUGAAAGUAUUGCCACAUAUAAAACAAAUGUUCUUGUCGUGAAAACAAAUAUUAUAUUUCGUUGUGCGUAACCUGGUUUUUGUUGGUUAGCUAUUGAAGCGAAAAGGUAUUUUGACAGAAUUUGUGGUAGUCGUAGACGCUGAGUGCGACAAUAACUUAGAGAUAGGGACGCACAUUCAUUUUUCAGGAUUAUGUGGCGCCUUCGACUCAAAUACACCUAGUAUAUUCUGCUGGCAGUCAAAUUCCUUGUCACAACGGGCGGAACGGUCCCAUUUUGACAGGCCUAUUAUACUUACGAAAAUUAAAUUAUCCACUAGGUAACUUUCAAAAUUGUUAAACGAGAGAGCAAAGUAAAAAAAAUUAAAAAACCAUAUUGUUUUCGGUUACGCUGUUUAUGGAAACAACUAAAGUGUUAACGUGCAACUACAUAUCUUCAUACUUACUGACUAUGAGUUACUUAAUCUUAAGAACAGCAGCAAAUUUUAAACUUUGUGUUUACUAUAAUGUUUUAGGAGCUAUGGUUGCUCGAACUUGAAAUUGCUUUUGGUUUUUAUCAGUGACGCGAUCAAGGUAGCCUUGUAGAAUCGUUCAUAAUCUAAAACAAAUUCUAACAAAUUAUAGUCGCGUUAUAAUACGUUCACCUAUAAGUAGAUGACCUACAUUUUCGCGCUUAACUCAAAAUCCAUAAUUAAAAAGCGUGAUUUCCCACACAAAAUUUCUCUCCCAAAAUCUGAGAUUAUAAAACGAUCCUAGAUAAUAACGAUACUUUUCGACAUACAACCCUGUGUUUUCUGUGAUAUCGAUAAUUAUUAUUACGAAUGUAAAGAUAAACAUCAAAAUUAAAACCAAAUGAAAUGGAUGCCAGCAAAGAAAACAGGUCUGUAAACAUAAUUCUAAUAAAAUUUUUUUAAAUAUUAUUAAUUAGGGAUUCACUUUACAGAAAAAAGCGCGCGUCCAUAAACGUUUUGUCCUCUUAUUAACUAUUCCUUACUAACUAUUCCAAAAUAUUCCACCAAAAAAAUUUCUAUGAAGAAAAACCUCUCAAAGCAGUAUGGGCAGCUGAUAGUAAAUUUUGCAUAUGUUAACGGGUACAUUAAGUUGGUGGAUUUAUACAUAUGUAGGUAAUUAAUGCAUAUGUGUACGUAAUUUUAUACGCUAAAAAACGUUGAGUCUUUGUGACUACUUGAAAUACCCUGCCGGAGGGUGUGGCAAAAUUCAAAAAAAGGAUUGCACCCAUAUGAAUCCAGGACCGUGCAAGAAUUAUGGUAUAUGAACCCGAACAUGCCACUCGCUCUAUAUUUUCGUCUUACGAAGUACGGCGGAGUUCCACACCCUGUAUAAAUAUCAAUUCUAGACUAAAGUAUAAGAAAGCAUGUACGAUUGUAUGGAUGUAUGAUGUUUGGAUAUGAGUGCACAUGUUUGCAUGGACACAAUUUGUCGAUGAAAAACUGUGAAAUAAAUAAUUGUAAGAACAAUAUAAAUUUUAGUAAGUACGUAGAUAAAAUUUAUUAAAUAUUAUAAAAAUAUGUAAACUAAGUUUAAAUGAUAUUGAUGUUUUAUUUAAAUCAAUUAUUAAUAAAAUUGCCAUUUACUCGUACAGUAUUUAUUAGAAAACUAGAAAAAUAUGGCAGAAGCAUACAUACAUAUACACAUGUGUGUAUGCAUGUAGUACUACAUAAUUGCAAAUGUGAAAACUACAUUAUUGUACCUACAUAGAUAUAUUUACCUAUUACCUUAAUGUAAAGAUACACAAAAAUUAAAUACUCUUAAUUGCGAACGCUGUGGUUACUAAAAUGUAAUUAUCUGGAGAAGAUGAGAUACGCCAUAAAAGCUUUUUUCUAAUUUUUAAUCUACAUAUACAUACAUACAUAUAAAUACAAACAAUUCUAGUUGUAGUAGGAGGAAAAACUGUAUUUUCGUGCAAAUCCUUUUGAGAGUCAUAGAAAUAUGUACAGUAUAAUACAAAUAAUACAAAUCAAUAAGAAAUUAUAUUCAAAAAAUAUCUAAUAUUAUCCGUAUUUUUAGUAAAUGAAAUUAUAAAAAACUAAAUAUAUAGACAGAAUUUAUUUCCAAAACCA